CUCAUCCUCUGAUAUGCCGGGAGAGAAGGUGCCGGCCGAGACUACUACUGUUCUAGUGAAAUGGUGUGGCAAUGAUUAUCGUGUUGAGGUGCAACCUGAUGCCAAUAUUGGAGAGUUGAAGCGACGUGUUGAUCAUGAUAUGAAACUUCCUUACAAGAGACAGAGACAUAUGCUCACCGGCACAAAUGAGGAAUUGGAAGAUGAUUAUCGUGUUUCUUCGUUGACCAGCCCACCCGUGACCGAUCUCAUUGGGUUGACCAAACCAGAUCGCCUGCUCUACUCACGGUACUUUCAUUAUGACAACAAAAAUCGUAGCUGGUCUGUGAAGGGCAAUAAGAACAAGAUACAGAAAAAGAAAAACGACUACCUUUCUGAUUUUCAUGGCAUAGAUACUACCUUCAUCAGAGGAACCUACACUGUAGGGAGUUUCACCGCUGAUUGCCUUUUGAAGCGGUAUGAUGCUAAAGAAAAACUUCUUUCUUCGCUACUACUGAUGAAAACCUGGAGACAUCCAAAUGUGGUGGUAUUGCAGAACAUAUACAAGGCGCAUCUGUAUUAUCGUCUUGUAGUGUCCAGCAGCUCUUUUGAUGGUACCUUAAGUGGAUGGCUCGAGCAUGGUGAAGACAACAGGAUUUUAAAUAUGGAUGGAAAAUUCACCCCCUUUUUCAGCAGAAUCACAUUGUAAGUAUUGUUUAUGUUAAAACUUGACCUUCAAUAUUAUAAUAGGAUCUGAGUU